AUAAUAGAAAUCAACAAGCAGAAAGACAAUUAUCCAAUCAGGCUCUUGCAGCAAACAAGACCUCAAUCCCUGUGCGAUGAAUGAUUCUAGAAUUUACUACCAAGCUCCGUCGUGUUGCUAUCCAGACGUUCACUACAAAUAUUCUUCCUGGUAAAAAAAAAAAAAACCACAGUAACCAGCCAACUACGGAGGACAAUGUCGAUAUUCGUGAACAGUGAAGAGCUGAAGACAAAAAUACAAAACGAUUUGAUUUCAAGCCACUCGAAGAAAUUUUUCAACGUCAAAGUUCCACCUCGAGAAAAACAGCCAUUCAUUCCUACAGCUGCUGUUGUUAGCUGCUUGUUUGAAAGAAAACAACCUGUCUUCAUCGACGCCGAUACACUGGAAAAAAGUGGAGUGAAUUUUGGAGGUUUUAACUCGCAAAUGUGGUGUCUUCGUUGUAAGAAGCAAUAUGCCGAACCUUGCCCUUUACAUGGUUUGAGUUAUGCGUCAAGACAGGACAGCGGUUUUCAUACGUGCAAAGCUAUGAGGUCACUUCCGCAGGAAGUGUGUUUGUGUAGGUCGAGUGUCCCUGGUGCUGAGUUCGGAGUUUGUACCAGAAGGCACAUUCCUGCAGGGACGUGGAUUGGUCCAUUUGAAGGAAAACGAGUUUAUCCUGGUGACGUGACAGCAGGCAUGGAUACGUCUUUCAUGUGGGAGAUUUUCGAAGGCAAUAAGUUGAUGUAUUUUAUCGAUGGUAGUGACUUGGAGUCUUCAAGCUGGAUGCGUUUUAUUCAGUGCGCACGCUCCAAACAUGAACAGAAUCUUUUCGCCUUUCAAUACCGAGGCAACGUUUAUUAUCGUUCAUUCAAGGACAUAGUUGUUGGAGAAGAACUUCUUGUUUGGUAUGAUGAUAAAUAUCUUCAGCAUUUUGGAAUACCGACAGGACUGCAGGAAAUUUGCUUUGUUAUAGAUCACGGAGGAGUGUUUGAAACAUGCGAGAAGGACUUAUCACAUCACAAAGCUCAAACAGAGCAGACACCUUCAGAUGUUUGGUUUACCGGAAUGCUACAGCCAGUGGAACAGAAAUCCCAACCGCGUUUGCGUGAAGCAGGUAUUCCAUUAACAAGAAGUUCAUCUACCGACAGCAAGCUCUCUGACCAGCGAUCCUCUCCUGUCAGUGACGUAGAAAGUGACGUCAGUGAUCCUGGAAAUAAUCUAGUUCCAGUUGCUAAGAGUCCUCCUUUGGGGGAAAUGACGUCAUGGCGCUGUCAGCAGUGCCACAAGACCUUUUCCCAGCGGGUGGCUCUACAGCUACACGUGUGUCCGUGCCAGCCGGCUAAACCAUAUCAGUGUGGACAGUGCAGCUUGUCCUUUUCCAAUCCUUCGCAUCUCCGUGCGCAUGUCAUCUCGCAUUCUAGCGAGAAGCCGUUUAAAUGCGGCUUUUGUUCGCGCGCUUUUGUUGGCGCAACAACACUGACUAAUCACAUAAGAUCUCAUAUGGGACAAAAACCUUUUGGUUGCGAAAAAUGUGGUAAAACAUUCUCACAACCUGGACUGUUGGCAAGACACGCCAGAAACCCGCGUGAAUGUAAGGGUAGUGUUUCACCUUCAUCUAUGAUCGCUGCGCGAAAAAUGAUCAACCCUUUCGUGGAUAGCGUGAGUUUGAAUCGGGACGGGAUGUUUCAGCCCGUAGCCAAGAAAGCCCGUAUGGUUUCAUCGCCCAAAGUGAUCUCCACAAAGCCUUCACCGUACUCCUUCACUGUGACUGACUUACAGAAAUGUCUUUUCAACGCAUCGGCCGUUCAUCCAGUUAGCACACAGGACGUAUUGGUGAAGAAAAAGGGAUCGACUUGUUUCUGGUGCGACGCUAGCUCAACAGAUCCGAGUUUCCAGUGUCCGUGUCAUCAACACGAAACUUCUGCCUCUCCACGAGCAACAAACCUGCCACUUGCUCUGAAAUCCCUUCCGCCGGAAGUGGACUUGUGUGCAUCAAGCGUUCCAGGAACGGGAUACGGUAUUUGCGCCAAGCGAGCGAUUCCUGUCGGCGCGUGGAUUGGGCCUUAUGAAGGAACAUUUAUGAAGCCUGAGGAGCUGUCUUCUGUUACAGAUACUUCGUACAUGUGGGAGAUCUUUGAAGACGGCAAACUGGCGGGAUUUGUUGACGGCAGUGACGAAAAAGUUUCAAGCUGGAUGCGUUUCAUCCGCUGUGCUCGCCACAAAGGUGAACAAAACCUGUUUGCCUUCCAGUACCUGGGAAAAGUGUACUACCGCUCUUUCAAGGCCAUCCUGCCUGGACAGGAAAUGCUGGUUUGGUACGAUGAAAAAUACCCACAAUACCUUGGCGUCCCAAGCUCAAUCUUCGAUAUGGGUCCCUUGACAGCAAAAGGAACUACAAAACAGCCAGAAAAGUUCGGCACUGUCCUUACGGAAGAAGGCCGGGUGCCAUCUGAGACACAAUAUCCACCCACCCCUCCCAGCUCAGUGCCUUCUCCCUCCAGUCCUCCGCAUUCGCCAAACAGUCAGUCAGGGAGUCAGCAACAGCCAUCUCCGACCAGAGCAAUCAGUGGUGAGCCGUUCAACGGUAUUCAGAGCGACGUUCCUUCUGCCUUCGACUUUACGUCUGCUGUGACUGGCCCUGAAAAGCCACAGCACCUGAUGCUUCAGGAGAAGUUGGUGGUUAAUCAGUCUCACCCGCUGCCAUCGCCAGAAAGUGAGACCAGCAAUCCUGCCUCACCCAUCCCUACUGAAGAUGGACAGAACAAAACUGCAAAACCAAGUCAACCCGUAUUCAGCAACAUCACUGAGCUGAGCCUGUGGAAGUGCGGCCAGUGCAAGAAGUCCUUUCCACAGAGAACCAUGCUCCAAGUUCACGUCUGCAAUGAGGCGCCAAAGAAGCCAUAUCAGUGCGGACACUGCUCGCAGAGCUUCUCACAUCCCGCCCAACUGCGCGCGCAUGCUGUCAGUCAUGCCAGUAAGAAGCCAUUCAAGUGCGGCUACUGUUCGCGUGCGUUUGCCGGGGCUACCACUCUGAACAAUCACAUAAGGACACACACUGGUGAGAGACCGUUUGUGUGUGACAAAUGCGGCAAGAAUUUCACUCAAGGAUCACAGCUUAGCAGACAUCAGAGAAUCCCUGGCGACUGCUGUGAAUAUUGCAUAAAAGGCGUAAGCUUUAACAUCGCCCGCCUUUUGGUAAAUAAGACCUUUAAACUAAUCAGCUAUUCGGUGCUCGAGGUGGAACGCAAGCAAGCAGUUAGACAAAUCUCAACUCCCAAAAGUUGUAAGAUAUCACCUUCUGGACCGCAAAGUAUAUACCAUUACCACAUCGUCGACAGUUUGAGAACACUGGAAAUGGAAGUCGAAAACAAGGCGCGAAAAAUGAUCAACCCUUUCGUGGAUAGCGUGAGUUUGAAUCGGGACGGGAUGUUUCAGCCCGUAGCCAAGAAAGCCCGUAUGGUUUCAUCGCCCAAAGUGAUCUCCACAAAGCCUUCACCGUACUCCUUCACUGUGACUGACUUACAGAAAUGUCUUUUCAACGCAUCGGCCGUUCAUCCAGUUAGCACACAGGACGUAUUGGUGAAGAAAAAGGGAUCGACUUGUUUCUGGUGCGACGCUAGCUCAACAGAUCCGAGUUUCCAGUGUCCGUGUCAUCAACACGAAACUUCUGCCUCUCCACGAGCAACAAACCUGCCACUUGCUCUGAAAUCCCUUCCGCCGGAAGUGGACUUGUGUGCAUCAAGCGUUCCAGGAACGGGAUACGGUAUUUGCGCCAAGCGAGCGAUUCCUGUCGGCGCGUGGAUUGGGCCUUAUGAAGGAACAUUUAUGAAGCCUGAGGAGCUGUCUUCUGUUACAGAUACUUCGUACAUGUGGGAGAUCUUUGAAGACGGCAAACUGGCGGGAUUUGUUGACGGCAGUGACGAAAAAGUUUCAAGCUGGAUGCGUUUCAUCCGCUGUGCUCGCCACAAAGGUGAACAAAACCUGUUUGCCUUCCAGUACCUGGGAAAAGUGUACUACCGCUCUUUCAAGGCCAUCCUGCCUGGACAGGAAAUGCUGGUUUGGUACGAUGAAAAAUACCCACAAUACCUUGGCGUCCCAAGCUCAAUCUUCGAUAUGGGUCCCUUGACAGCAAAAGGAACUACAAAACAGCCAGAAAAGUUCGGCACUGUCCUUACGGAAGAAGGCCGGGUGCCAUCUGAGACACAAUAUCCACCCACCCCUCCCAGCUCAGUGCCUUCUCCCUCCAGUCCUCCGCAUUCGCCAAACAGUCAGUCAGGGAGUCAGCAACAGCCAUCUCCGACCAGAGCAAUCAGUGGUGAGCCGUUCAACGGUAUUCAGAGCGACGUUCCUUCUGCCUUCGACUUUACGUCUGCUGUGACUGGCCCUGAAAAGCCACAGCACCUGAUGCUUCAGGAGAAGUUGGUGGUUAAUCAGUCUCACCCGCUGCCAUCGCCAGAAAGUGAGACCAGCAAUCCUGCCUCACCCAUCCCUACUGAAGAUGGACAGAACAAAACUGCAAAACCAAGUCAACCCGUAUUCAGCAACAUCACUGAGCUGAGCCUGUGGAAGUGCGGCCAGUGCAAGAAGUCCUUUCCACAGAGAACCAUGCUCCAAGUUCACGUCUGCAAUGAGGCGCCAAAGAAGCCAUAUCAGUGCGGACACUGCUCGCAGAGCUUCUCACAUCCCGCCCAACUGCGCGCGCAUGCUGUCAGUCAUGCCAGUAAGAAGCCAUUCAAGUGCGGCUACUGUUCGCGUGCGUUUGCCGGGGCUACCACUCUGAACAAUCACAUAAGGACACACACUGGUGAGAGACCGUUUGUGUGUGACAAAUGCGGCAAGAAUUUCACUCAAGGAUCACAGCUUAGCAGACAUCAGAGAAUCCCUGGCGACUGUGUGGCCCGCGUUUAGAAGAAAAUAAAAGAAACACUAUGUCAGUGUGGACUAACACUGGAGUGUUGAUCGGAAACGCUUAUAGCCCAGAUCUCGUCAACUGGAGAUAUUUUUUUGUGAAUAUGGUGUAGAAAAAUGAAAGAAUGAAAAAACAAGGACACUAAAGAGUAAAGACCUUCCAUAGUUUAUAAUAAAAGAGCCAAUGACUACGAUAUUAGCCAUUUAGUUUUGAAAAUUAAUCAGGACAAGGAGCGUCUUUCAUUUUUGAAGCUUAUGAAUGCUUGUAAAAGCACUUUAACUUCGUGGUUUUAUUCUGAUCAUUGUACAAUAAAUGUAAAUAUUCGUAUGUGUUCUUGAAGGGACGAUCAUGGUAGAACUGAAUUACUCGUAAUAUGAAAUUUGUACAUAGGGCAUUUUGAGAGACUGUUCGGCGAACCAAUAGACCUUGAAAAAUAAAAACGACUUCAUAUAAAUAGACCUUUUUGUAAUUUUGAUUAAUUUUAGUUUCCUUACCGAAAAACUAGAAAUUGUUGUAAGGACGUCUGCGUGUGGCAUAUUUGUGUUAGUUUUUAGUUACCGCGAAAUUCCCUGCGCGCGAGGACUCGAACACGCAAAACCUAACGCGAUUUCGCGUGCCUCGCACACGCGCGCGAUGUUUACAAAGUGAACAAGUUUCUUCGAGGGAACUCCUAAAGUACGUGAUUUUCCCUUUUGAAUAGAUAACUUUUAUUUUCAUCCCAGGAAUACUUUAGUAUAUUUACCAUAAGCUUUAUGGGUAGGUUAAUAAAAUGUUCGAGAUAAAUUUAGCAGAUUCUUUGUCUAUUUCUACGGUCAAAACAAAAGCAAAUUCAUGAAUAAAACACGGACUAUCUGUAAAUUUAAAAGCCGUGAAUAACAAGAAUGAAGACGUGAGAGAUUGUUAUCUCGUCGUUUCUACUCAUGAUUGUGGUACUGCUAUCACCGCCCGCAAUUAAGAUCAUCACUUAGCCGUGCAUCUUUUAUUUGCACAGACAAAAUUUUUCUCAGCCAACAGUUAUGUCAACAGUCUUUAUGGCGUUUAGUGGUCGCAGUUUAUUUUCAUGCAGAAAGUUCUGCCGUCAUGCUGUGUAAUUCUUUGAUUUAACUUCCUUGGGGGAUGCAUUCCGAUAGACUCUGGUACCGCCUUUUUACUUAAAUACCCGUUAUGUUUCAUUGAUUUCAAAAUAAUCGUUCAUCUGUUAUUACUCGUGCCUCAAACUGGCUUUAUUUUGCCGUUUCUUGCGUUCUUCCAGCCUGAACCGAACUCGUUGUUAGCUUUUUGAGCAAAAGGAAAGAACGAUUGAACUGAAAAAAAUCGCUUUUGUUAACCACAUUAUUAAGACUUA